UGUCAUGGCACGAGGCGAUGAUGUCACUGUGUGGCACAAGGCGCCCCCCCACCAACGCCCCCCAUUGCAGGCAGCUGGCUGGGUCUGGCAUAGGGUCUUGCACCACAGCAGAAAAGUUUGGGCCAGGCCGGGCGGGGGCCAUGGCCAAGUCCUACGACCACCUCUUCAAGCUGCUGCUGAUCGGGGACAGCGGCGUGGGCAAGACCUGCCUCAUCAUCCGCUUCGCCGAGGACAACUUUAGCAGCACCUACAUCUCCACCAUUGGGAUCGACUUCAAAAUCCGGACUGUGGAGAUUGAGGGGAAGAAGAUCAAGCUCCAGGUCUGGGACACAGCGGGACAGGAGCGGUUCAAAACCAUCACCACGGCCUAUUACCGAGGAGCCAUGGGGAUCAUUCUUGUCUACGACAUCACAGAUGAGAAGUCCUUUGAGAACAUCCAGAACUGGAUGAAGAGCAUCAGGGAGAAUGCCUCAGCAGGUGUGGAGCGCCUGCUGCUGGGGAACAAGUGCGACAUGGACGGCAAGCGCAAGGUGCAGCGGGACCAUGCAGAGAAGCUGGCCAAGGAGCACGGGAUCCGGUUCUUUGAGACCAGCGCCAAGUCCAGCCUGAAUGUGGAGGAGGCUUUCACCACGCUGGCCCGGGACAUCCUACUGAAGUCCACCAAGAAAGCGGGCGCGAGCAGCAAGGGGCACCUGGACCUGGCAGCCUCGCAGAAGAAGAGCGGCAGCAGAUGCUCUGUGGCCUAGCGCCCGCCACCACCUGGAGUCCCAAUCCCGAGACCGCAGCCCUGUGCCACCCCCGCCCGCUCCGGGACCGCGCGGGCCGCACCCCGGAGCCGCCGGGCCGACGCUGGGGGCUGGAGCCCCCGGGCACCGUGCGGGGCGGGAGCAGAGCAAGCCGGGGCGCCCACGGACUGAGGGGGGCCGUGAGCAGAGCAGCCCCGGUGCCAGCCCCGCCGUGGGGCCGGGAGCCUCCGGCCACUGCCUGUUGCAGCAGCGCUGGCCACGGUCCCUAGUCACUGUGAUAAAGCCCCCGGUUGUCA